GCAGCCGCCUGAUGCCCGAAAAAGGCCUCGAAAUAAAACUCCACAGACCGGUGUCCAUAGAAGAGUGUGAUACAGCCCCAYGAGUGUGCCCGUAGCCACGGCAGCCYGUUCUUCACCCACAGGAGGGACAYGCAGCCGCUGCUGUUUGGAAAUCACGCCCAACCCGCCCGGGAGCCGUGCAGACUCGACGCAGAGGACACGUUUCAUCUGCCAAGUUGACGCCAAUGGGGUGCCCGGGCUUACAGAACGGAACACGCAACAUGAUGCCAGGCUCCUUGUUUUCAAAUAUUUUACUUUGUGUGAAUUACUGCUCCCGUCUGCGUCCCUUCCAAUGACAAGACCUGCUGGAUCAGCUCCUUCCAGAUGCCCUUUGGUCGGUAAUGUAAUUUGAAGAUGCCGACCCCUUGGCAAACGUGCUGCAAUAAAAAAUCCAGMUCUAAGAAUGCAAAAGCUGGAACAGACAACAUGGCAGAGACAAGUGAAAAAAUGCAGAUGAAAAAAGAGAUCACAUUGCUAAAUGGAGUUACUUUAAUUGUAGGGAACAUGAUUGGCUCUGGGAUAUUUGUAUCUCCCAGGGGUGUUYUAAUGUACAGCGCUUCCUAUGGACUCUCACUUGUCAUCUGGGCACUUGGUGGGAUUUUUUCUCUGUUUGGAGCUUUGUGUUACGCUGAACUGGGAACAUCCAUCGUGAAAUCUGGAGGCAGUUAUGCCUAYAUCCUGGAGGCAUUUGGGCCCUUUGUGGCCUUCAUCAGACUCUGGUGUUCCUUGCUAAUUAUUGAACCAACAACUCAGGCAGUKAUAGCCAUCACUUUUGCUAACUAUAUUGUUCAGCCAAUUUUUCCCCAUUGUGAACCACCAUAUGAUGCAGUCAGGUUGAUUGCAGCUGCAUGUAUAUGUUCCUUAACAUUUAUUAAUUGUGUUAAUGUGAAGUGGGGUACCCGUGUACAAGAUGCUUUCACAUAUGCAAAAAUUAUGGCUCUUAUCUUGGUGAUAUCUGUCGGUCUUUACAAAAUUGGUAAAGGGGAGACGGAAAACCUGAGAGCUCCGUUCCAGGGCUCAGCAACAGACCCGGGGAUGAUUGCCCUGGCUCUCUACUCUGCCCUCUUCUCCUACUCAGGAUGGGACACGCUCAACUAUGUCACCGAGGAAAUGCAGAAUCCAAAGAGGAAUCUGCCUCUUUCCAUUGCCAUUUCAAUGCCUAUUGUAGCUAUUAUUUACCUGUUGACUAAUAUAGCAUACUAUGUAGUGUUGGACAUGCCAGCUCUCCUCACAAGUGACGCAGUGGCUGUGACGUUUGGAGGUGAAACCCUCAGUCAUGCCAAGUGGAUAAUUCCUAUAGCAGUGGCCAUGUCUUGCUAUAGUGGGUUAAACUCAUCAAUUAUUGCAGCGUCUAGACUUUUCUAUGUUGGAGCUAGGGAAGGACACCUCCCUGUCAGUCUGAGCUUGAUUCACAUAAAGUGCUUSACACCAGUCCCUGCUCUCCUGUUCAAUGGCUUAAUGACUUUGCUUUAUCUCCUUGUGGAAGAUGUUUUCCUCCUUAUCAAUUACUACUGCUUCAACUACUGGUUCUUUGUGGGUCUGUCUAUUGCAGGACUAAUAACUUUAAGAUAUACUCAGCCUGAUAGACCACGGCCUGUUAAACUUAGCCUUUUCUUCCCGAUAGUAUAUUGUUUGUGCUCCCUUUUCCUGGUCAUAGUGCCUCUCUACAGUGACACARUCAAUUCCCUUAUUGGUGUUGGUAUUGCCUUCUCAGGCAUUCCUGCAUAUUAUUUAGGAGUCUAUCUACCAGUUGAAAAACGACCUAAAUACCUACAUUGGCUCUCUGCCACAACAACAAAAUAUGUUCAGAUGCUCUUCUACUGUGCUCUGUCGGACCUGGACAUAGACAUGGAACCUACAGCAGCUAAGAAUAAAUAGAGUUGCCUCAACAUUGAGAAUUGUGCCUUGACAUCGCCUAUCUGGAACAAU